GGCGGCCCCGCCAUGGCGGCGCGGCGGGCGGCGGCCGAAGGGCUGCUCCGGGAGCUGCUGCGGGAGGAGGCCCCGGGCCGCAUCGCCGCGCUCACCGAGGAGCUGUUCCGGGCGGCGGGGAGCCUCGGCGGGGAGCCGGGGGCCGAGCCGGAGGUUGAAGAAGGUGCAAUAAGCCUGUGGAACUGGGCGGUGACCAAACACAUGGGUUCUGUCAUCAAUGACGAGCAAAGAGCUAAACUGCGAUUUGUUGCUUGUAGACUGGUGUGCCUUUGUGAAGGCAGUGAUCCUCUGGAGGGGACUAUUCGAAGACAGAUUUUGAUGUCAAUGAAAACUGGUAAAGGUUGGAUAGAUAUUGGAAAAGCUGAUCUUGCUGAUGAAUUUCUAGAGAUUGCCUUGAAUAGCAUAGAAAAACUGUACACAAAAUUACGUAAGGGGAGCGAUGGUGAAGCAGAUAUUCAUGUGCACAAAGCUGAUGUGGAGAAGGACCUCUUCAAAGUGCUCUCUUAUCAGGCUGAAUCAGCAGUUGCUCAAGGGGAUUUUCAGAAAGCAGUGAUGUGUGUGCAGCGCUGUAAAGAUAUGUUGAUGAAGUUGCCAAAAGAGACCUGUUACCUGUCAAUCCUCUGUUACAACUUUGGGGUGGACACCUAUGAACGGAAGAAGUAUGAACAGAGCUCCUUUUGGCUCAGCCAGAGUUACGACAUUGGGAAGAUGGACAUGAAAUAUUCUGUUGGCAAAGAAAUGCGGGCUAAGGUGCUGCGAUUGUUAGCUACAGCCUAUUUCGAGUGGGAUUGUAAGCAGUAUCUUGACAAGGCAUUGAAGGCUAUAAGCUUGGCAAACGAGGUAGUAAUGUGCGAUUAUAUUUGUGUGUGCAAUAAAAAGCUGUGGCGUGUAUGUGUUCUGCAUUAUGGAUGUGUUGUACUCUCACAGAAUCUGUACUCUACAAAGAGUUGUCCAAGUAAUGGACUGUUUUUCAUUGUGCAGGAGAAUUUGCAUCCAGCAGGGUUUUUUUUGAAAGUUAAAAUUCUUCUUAAAAGUGGAGCAUCAGAUGAAGAGAUCAACUCAGCUGUUGCAGAAUUCAUGCACCAUGAGUUGUCUUUAGACUUUUGUUUGAAUGCUGCUAAACUGCUGCUGGAGAAUGGAAGGGAAUCAGUUGGGUUUGAUCUUCUGAACUCUGUUGCUGAACGAUUUCAAUCUUCACCUGACCUUGGAAAAAUAACCCUGCUCUACAUUGAGUUCCUGCUGCAGAAUAAGAGGGAGCUGCUUGCUAAGCAAAAGGUUGAAGAAAUUAUUAUAGGUCAUUAUACCGGAAAACAGCUGUUGUCUGAAACCUUGAACCGGCUGCAUAUCAUCUUGUGGGACACAGCUGCCAAACAUUAUGAGGCAAAAAGCUAUUCUGAAGCUCUUCACUGGUACAACUAUUCUGUCAGCUUCUACACACCUGGGCAAAUAGAUCAGAAUUUGGCUAAGUUGCAGAGGAACAUGGCUUCUUGCUAUCUUCAUCUGAAAGAAGUUGACAAGGCUAAAGAGGCAGUUAAAGAAGCAGAGAGGUGUGAUCCAAACAGCAUCUUUACCCAAUUCAGUGUCUAUAAGAUUGCAGUAAUGGAAGAUGAUACUGAUAAAGGUAGAACUUCUGUGGAAGCAGUUAUUGAAAUGGGGAAGCUAGCAGAAAAGUCAUCUCAACGUGAAGACAAGCCGACAGUGGAUGAAAAUACAGGCACUAACCUCCUGAGUUUAGCUGCCCAAAUUGCUUUAGAGAAUGAACAACAAGUUGUGGCUAUCAAAGCUUUGGAGUAUUUAUCUGAACAUUCACGAGACUGCCGACAAGUAUUUGCAGCUCUAAAAUGCUUGGUUCGUCUUGUGUUGUCGAAGGUCGUAGUAGAAAAUGAAGAGAAAAGAGAUAAAGAUAUCAAGUCAAUGCUGACUUAUUUGACCUUAGCUCACAGGAAACUUGCUGAGCCUUUCACAGAAGAGAAUUUGGCAAGAGAUAUGAGGACCUUUGAAGCCCACUGGUUUAGAAAAGUUGCUUGGAACUUAGGCGUACAGUUCAAGGACUGCCCUGAAAAGAUGAGGGAUUUUUUUGUACUGUCUUUCAAGUUGUCCCAGUUUUGUCCUUCUGACAAAGCCGUUCUAAUCGCUCAGAAGACAUGCCUGCUAAUGGCAGCUGCGAUUGAUCUGGAACUAGGGAGACAACAAGUAACAUCUUCUGAACAGAUGGAGUUUUUGACUCGGGCCCUUCAACAUCUCCAGGCAUGCAAGGAGAUAUGGAAAGUUCUGAAAUUAACAGGAGAUUUUGCUAAAGAUCCCACAGACACUUUGUUGCUGCUGUAUGAAUUUGAAGCAAAAUCCAAACUUAAUGAUCCAACCCUCAAUAACCUUAUGGAGUCAGUGUGGGAGCAGCCACAAACAGAGGUCAAGACGCUAGAGAUCAUUGCAUCAUUGGCAAUGGAACCUCCAGCUCGGUAUCCUGUGCUGUGUAAGAAAGCUCUGCAGAGUGCUCUAAACCUUCACAGAAAGCAGACUGCCAUUGAUGCUGUGAAAUUUAGCAAAUGCUUACAUAGUUUGAUUAAUCUUUCUUUGCCAACUGGAGUAACAGACUUGGAUGCUUGUGUGCUACGAGAGGUAUGGGGCUACUUUGAAGAUGCUCUGAGUGUAAUCAGCAGCACAGAUGGUUACCCAGAGAUGGAGAUCCUUUGGCUGAUGACAAGAGCCUGGAACACAGGGAUAUUUCAGUAUACCAUUGGUAGAUAUAAGGAAGCAGAGCAAUGGUGCGGAUUAGGAAUGCGUUUCCUCAAUCAUCUAGGAUCUCUGAAGAAAACCUACGAAGGCCAUAUGGUUGGUCUUUAUAGUGAGGUUCUGGACAAAUUGGACAGAGCUAAAGGGUUUAUUCCAAAUGAAGAAUAACGAUAGCCACAACUGGAAAAAGGAGGACAGCAGUCUCUUGGAAGCAUCCUGCUGACUGAAGGAGGCUGUUAGCGCUGCAGCAAGGCAUGGGGUCGCAGGAGCAGUGGAAAAGAAACAGGAUCUCCCUCUUGUUGGUGAUUGAGUUAUGUACUUCUUAGGAACCGUUUAUUGAAUAUGUUUGUUUAGGAAAAAAAUUCUGUGGAUCUUUGUAACAGAAAUAAAUACAUACCUGUCUCUUCAGAUGGGCCUGCAGUUGUGUAACAGAUUAAUUUAAAUAUCAAAAAUUAAAUUUAAAUUUAGUAGUAAGUGGCACCGUGAGCAAUAAAAGUAUUCCAAGGCCAGGCAUCUCCUCUGGAUGCCAUAGCUGCCUUGCUACGUAAAUAUUUAUCAGAUUGUUUAGUUUUCAGUCCAUUUCGGUAUGGAGCUGUUUGCCAGGAUAAC